AUGAUUAAUAUUUGGGAUGAUGAACGGCGCUUACGCAGGGUGCACGCCACGCCCCUAACAAGCCGUCGGGAACAGCAACUCUGGGGAAACAAAAAGCAAGGCGUGGGUCAGCCGGAGUGGGCGUGCGUCAGCCGGAGUGGGCGUGCGUCAGCCGGAGUGGGCGUGCGUCAGCCGGAGUGGGCGUGCGUCACCCGGAGAGGGCGUGGGUCAGCCGGAGUGGGCGUGGGUCAGCCGGAGAGGGCGUGGGUCAGCCGGAGUGGGCGUGCGUCAGCCGGAGUGGGCGUGCGUCAGCCGGAGUGGGCGUGCGUCACCCGGAGAGGGCGUGGGUCAGCCGGAGAGGGCGUGGGUCAGCCGGAGUGGGCGUGGGUCAGCCGGAGUGGGCGUGCGUCAGCCGGAGUGGGCGUGCGUCAGCCGGAGUGGGCGUGGGUCAGCCGGAGUGGGCGUGGGUCAGCCGGAGAGGGCGUGGGUCAGCCGGAGUGGGCGUGGGUCAGCCGGAGAGGGCGUGCGUCAGCCGGAGUGGGCGAGCGUCAGCCGGAGAGGGCGUGGGUCAGCCGGAGUGGGCGUGGGUCAGCCGGAGUGGGCGUGGGUCAGCCGGAGAGGGCGUGCGUCAGCCGGAGAGGGCGUGGGUCAGCCGGAGAGGGCGUGGGUCAGCCGGAGUGGGCGUGCGUCACCCGGAGAGGGCGUGGGUCAGCCGGAGAGGGCGUGCGUCAGCCGGAGAGGGCGUGGGUCAGCCGGAGUGGGCGUGCGUCAGCCGGAGAGGGCGUGGGUCAGCCGGAGAGGGCGUGGGUCAGCCGGAGUGGGCGUGCGUCACCCGGAGAGGGCGUGGGUCAGCCGGAGAGGGCGUGGGUCAGCCGAAGAGGGCGUGGGUCACCCGGAGAGGGCGUGGAUCAGCCGGAGUGGGCGUGCGUCACCCGGAGAGGGCGUGGGUCAGCCGGAGAGGGCGUGGGUCAGCCGGAGAGGGCGUGGGUCAGCCGGAGAGGGCGGGGGUCAGCCGGAGAGGGCGUGGGUCAGCCGGAGAGGGCGUGCGUCAGCCGGAGAGGGCGUGGGUCAGCCGGAGUGGGCGUGCGUCAGCCGGAGUGGGCGUGCGUCACCCGGAGAGGGCGUGGGUCAGCCGGAGAGGGCGUGGGUCAGCCGGAGAGGGCGUGGGUCAGCCGGAGAGGGCGUGGGUCAGCCGGAGUGGGCGUGCGUCAGCCGGAGAGGGCGUGCGUCAGCCGGAGAGGGCGUGCGUCAGCCGGAGUGGGCGUGCGUCAGCCGGAGUGGGCGUGGGUCAGCCGGAGAGGGCGUGGGUCAGCCGGAGAGGGCGUGGGUCAGCCGGAGAGGGCGUGCGUCAGCCGGAGUGGGCGUGCGUCACCCGGAGAGGGCGUGCGUCAGCCGGAGUGGGCGUGCGUCAGCCGGAGAGGGCGUGGGUCAGCAGGAGUGGGCGUGCGUCAGCCGGAGAGGGCGUGGGUCAGCAGGAGUGGGCGUGCGUCACCCGGAGAGGGCGUGGGUCAGCAGGAGUGGGCGUGCGUCAGCCGGAGAGGGCGUGGGUCAGCCGGAGUGGGCGUGCGUCAGCCGGAGAGGGCGUGGGUCAGCAGGAGUCGGCGUGGGUCCGCAGCAGUGGGCGUGGGUUAG